UUUUGCUGUUGCGGCAAAACAGCUGUUCAUCGAAAUUGUUUUGCAACUUAUUUUUUUCAUGGCGGAGCUGACUUGAGCUUCAAUAGGAGAAAAUGAUUAGCAGGUUACAAAUUCUAAUUAGGAGCAGUUCCCAACAAAGAUAUACAGCGGUGGCCAAUGGUACUUCUGGCGUUGGGUCAUUGGUGAACUUGAAAAGUUACUGCACCAAAACAGAGCAGGUGAAAAAUGAAUUCAAUCAUGAUCAAGACGAGACCGAACAAGAGAAACCCAAUAAAAACAAAGGACCACAGCGAAAGAGACCUCCCAUUAAAUCAUUUGUGCCUGCUGUCAAAAAUCCCUUUGCCUCGGCAUCGGAAAAAACCAAAGAUGUUUACUUGAGUAUGGUGAAUAUAUUUGCCGAGAGGGAUGUCCACCGGCGUAACCAUGUCGAGUUCAUUUAUGCCGCCAUGAAGCAUAUGUCCGAAUUUGGGGUGGAACAUGAUUUGGAAGUCUAUAAGGCACUGAUAAAUGUCAUGCCCAAGGGCAAAAUGAUACCCAAAAAUAUUUUCCAAGCUGAAUUCAUGCACUAUCCCAAACAGCAGCAAUGUAUUAUAGAUUUACUAGAACAAAUGGAGGAUUUGGGAGUUAUGCCAGACUAUGAAAUGGAGGCAAUGUUAUUGAAUGUGUUUGGCAAACAUGGUCAUCCAUUGCGUAAAUAUUGGCGUAUGAUGUAUUGGAUGCCUAAAUUUAAAAAUGCCUCACCAUGGCCUCUACCCAAUCCGGUGCCAGAUGAUACAUUAACGGUGGCCAAAUUGGCUGUGGAACGUAUGUGUACGGUAGAUCCACGUUCUCAGAUUAGUAUAUUCGAUACAAAAGAUAUUAAGGAUGCUCUUGAUCAAACGUGGAUUGUUAGUGGCAUGAGUCCGGAUCAAAGCCAGCUGCUCAAGGAACAUCCACGCAACAAGGCUGUGUACAUAGAGGGGCCAUUUAUGAUUUGGCUAAGAAAUAGAACAAUUAAUUAUUUUACAUUAAGGGCAGAUCCAGAUAUGGAAUUUUUGAAUUCGCUGAGAAAUCAACAGAUCGAUGAGGAUGAUGUUACCCACCUACAUGUACCCUUCUUUGGUAAAGUACCCCGAAAACCCCACCAGGUGGGUAAGGUGAGAUCGGUACAUCAACAAGAUGAUGGUACGAUAUUUGCCAUUUGUGCCACGGGCACAUCUACGAAGGAUUCUCUGUUAUCAUGGAUACGCUUAUUGGAGGCAAAUGGUAAUCCUUCGUUGGGUGAAAUACCCGUUCUAUUCCGUUUCCACUCCAAUGUGGGUGAAAAGGCCAUACAAAUUGAGGGAAACUCUGAGGAUGAUAUGCCCAUGACAAGGGAUGAUGAUACGACGACGACGACAUCAGAAAAGCCACAAAGAUAGUAGCCUCCCAUAUAACAAUAAGAAUAAUGUUUAAAUAAAUAAAAAGAAACCAGAAUUGUUACAAUUUAUGUUAUGUUAUUUAAUUAAUUUAUUUAUUUUCAUUUACAUACAAGUUUUCUUUUUUUUACUUUUUACAUAGGUUUUCAUAAUUGUUUUAUUUUAAAAAAUGAACACAAAGCAAAAAUUAAAUUCAGAGCAAAUAACUUAGUAGCAUCGAAAAUUGUAAAUACAGUUUGUCACAUACAUACAUAUUUUCUAUGUAAUUAGUUAAACAUUAGAAAUACACGAUUUUCUUAAGUACA